GCCAAUCCGGCGCCGCAACCACUACGCUAACCAGUAACCACCCCUGCCGCCUCGCUUCCACUUCCUCUCCUCUCCCCUCGACACAGCCACACGCGGCGCACGCCAGCGCGAGCCACAUGGCGUCCACCACCACCACCACGGCGGCGGCCGCGGCCCGCUUCACCUGCCUCGCGCCGGCCACGCGCCCCGCCUCCGCCUCCGCCUCCGCGGGCCGCUUCCUCCUCCCGGCGCGGCAGUGGGGGGCGGCGACGACGCACGGGAGCGCGGCGGUGCCCGUCGUCGCGGCGCCGUCGCGGAGGUGGGCGCCAGGGGUCGCCUACGCCACCGCCGCCACCGGGAAGAGCGUCCACGACUUCACCGUCAAGGACAUUGAUGGAAAAGAUGUUGCGCUUAGCAAGUUCAAGGGAAGGGCGCUGCUAAUUGUUAAUGUUGCAUCUCAGUGUGGGCUGACAACAGCAAAUUACACGGAACUAUCUCAUCUUUAUGAGAAGUACAAGACUCAAGGAUUUGAGAUUCUUGCAUUUCCUUGCAAUCAGUUUGGUGCACAAGAACCUGGGUCAAACCCGCAGAUUAAGCAGUUUGCUUGUACAAGGUUUAAAGCUGAAUUUCCUAUUUUUGACAAGGUUGAUGUCAACGGGCCUAACACAGCCCCUAUUUAUAAGUUUCUUAAGUCGAGUGCUGGAGGAUUUUUGGGUGAUCUUGUGAAAUGGAAUUUUGAGAAGUUCUUGGUGGACAAAACUGGAAAAGUUGUUGAGAGAUACCCACCUACAACUUCACCAUUCCAGAUUGAGAAGGACAUCCAGAAACUCCUUGCGGCAUAAGUACUAGAGGUCACACUUCAGCUAAGCUCUUCUGUACAUAUGCCUUGCCUCAUAAUUAGAGUUUUACUUGAUUAUAUAUCAUUUUUUUCUUGUGUAAAAUUACUCACCGGUUAUAUAUAUGUGCACGUAUAUAGUUGUAACAUGAGACUUAUAGGAUAUCAAAUCUGUAAGCUUAUCUGGCCCCUGUAACCGUCUCUGUUGCAGCAUCCUUUUUGUUCCAUAUAUUUUCGUGAAGUUACAUUCCAAUGCAUUUGUUCCUUAA